UUUUGAUGACAUGUACUGAACGUUACAACUACUUGUUAGUACGACAACCAGAUGAAUUUUCUCAGCAAAUAAUCUUAAGAACAAGAUCAUCCGUCUACUUUGACAUUUUCUUAAACCUAUCCAUACACCUAGGUACAUACACACGUGGUGGACAACGUAAUCAAGUUCAUGACAAUAAUUUUAAGCAACUUGUUCUUCCCACAUCCGCAACCUUAAACCAAUUUUGAUGGUCCAGUUACUUCAUUUGGUUAUUUCGAUUAUUGGGAUCAAGAACGUGUCAAAGCCACAACAAUUUUAGGAUUUGUGUAUAAACCAAGUUUUUAGGUUUUUCAUAAUGCUUUCGCAACUAGCGACAUUUGGAACAAUGUCAAACUUAGUAACGGAUAAUCCCGAGGAUUUCAGUUUAAUUCAACUGGGAUGCAAUUAUUCCAUCGAUAUGGCGUCCCUAGAAGUCAUCGAAAUUAAAGAUAGCUUAAGAAUAGCAGAAUUGACAUCUUCACAUAAGGUCGUGGUGAGCACUACUGCUGUGACAAUCGAACCUGAAUAUUGCUGUUGGUCAUCUUCCGUUGAGAUGCAAAGAAGCGAAGAAACGCAAACUCUAUCGAAUAUUUUCUGUCGAAUUUGUCUUGAAGGUCAAAGUAAUAAUGGCAGGAGUGGAAACAACGAGGCGUUAAUCUCGCCCUGUAAAUGCACAGGAACACUGGCACAAAUACACAAAUCCUGUUUAGAGCAAUGGCUUUCAAUUUCAAACACGAACGGAUGUGAAAUCUGUCACUUUUCCUACAAAACUACAAGGAUACCUCCGACUUUCAAGGAUUGUCUCAUGGACCCUGGCAAUACAUACUUUUGUCGGAACCUAGUGGCCGAUAUUAUUUGUUUUGUACUACUCACACCGGUCCUCGUCGUCUCGUUGUAUCUCUGCAUUCUCGGAGCUAACAAAUAUUAUUAUGAAUUUUCAUCACCAGAACAAAGCGUUGGUCUCGUUGGUCUAAGUUUUCUCCUACUUUUUGUAUACUUCAUCUGGUUGCACAUUACGCACAGAUAUCAUUACACGGUUUGGAUGGGGUGGAAAGCUACUCAUGAAAAAGUUAAAUUAGUUUUAUUAUAAUUUCGCCAGGAUUGAUUGACAGUUCAAUUAGUAGGAUAAUUUUAAAAGCUCACAAAUACCAUGAUUUUAAUAAAUUCAAUCUACCGACUUAAAAACAC